AUGGCAGCUUUUGGAUCGACUCGGGACGCCACGCGAAACAUUCUUCAUACCGAAAGCUAUCUCGCCCAAGAAGGCGAUAGGGGAUCACCGAGAGAGUUGGACGUCUUUACUUUUGAAAGAGAGGUCGUCAACGGGACUAUCAAAGUCUACAAUGCCACAAGAAGGAAGCAGAGGGUCAGGGAGUGGUGCAUGGCCUUGAAGGCGGAGCUCAAGGAGCCAGCAUCGCAUGUUGAGAUCCUUGAUGAGUGGUACUCCAAGUUUCUUGAAUGUCAUUUCCAGCCUAACAAGAAGGUGGAAGAGCUUGUCAAUGAAGUUUGCGGCGUCAUAGAGCGGAUUCCGCGCGUGGUUGACGAAUUCCACGAUCCGCUCGUUGACCAGCCGUACAGCCUUUACGACGCAGAGUACUUUCUCCCCGAUUCGAAACCGUGUUGGGAGACUCUGCGUGUGACCAACUUUGUCAGCCGCAACGUAUUGCGCAUUGCGAUACAGAUUCAGAUUGUCUUAGGAGGAGACUCAAACUAUGCCGAGCACUAUCGGCUCUUGCUCGACGCCACAGCAGAGGCUCUCAGAGAGAUGAUUAGUCUAUCGCGGGAGGACCCUUGGCCGGGAUGGUUCAUCGUCAGGGCUUUCUUCUGGACCUCGUGGCAGCGCGGGACGAGUCUCUACCACUACUACGUGCUCAAGGAGCAGCUGACAUGGGGCUACGACGAGCAUAGGGAUGUGAUCAAGACGCCGCUGCAGGGAUCUGACAUGAUGCGGAUCGCGGAGAAUCUGAAUCGAGCCAGGGCGGACGCGUGCCAUCCGCCUUAUAUCUGCAAGUGGGCGCUGAGACUGCUGAGAGAGGACAAGGCGGUCGUCGGCCAAGACUACAGGAGAUUCUUCGAGCGCUUGUCGCAAGCCUUUUCCGACAGGGAGGCGCGGUGCGUCAUCUCGAGCGACGGAGAGCCCGCGGCGUGCGACGGCAGGCAGCCUGGAAAGUGUUUGAGGCUGUCGGGGAUGCGCAUCACAAACCAGUCCGCUCACGCGCCAGACUGCGACGGAAGAAGCUGUUCGUCACUGUACUGGAACGAGGAAUCCUGGAGAGGCGUCGGCGGCGCGGCGGCUGUGUCGCUGGUCUUGGGCACCGAUGGCAGGCUCAACUACGUUCAAGCGUCCAGCAAGACGGUGGCCGUAUCUCACGUCUGGAGCCAUGGCCAGGGCGGCCGUCCGGAAGACGAGGGAGGAACCGGCCUCAACAGCUGCUUGUUCAGGCGCUAUUCGAGGGUUGCCGAGAUGUACGGAUGCGAUUCUUUCUGGAUGGACACGCCGUGUAUUCCGAGUGAUCACGUUCUACGAGGGGAGGCGAUUGCCAAUAUCAAUCUCAUCUUUGCUACGAGCAAGCUGACGCUCGUCUGUGACAAGGACCUGAUGGCCAUUGACUUUCAAGACGAGGAUAUUGCCACCAAGGAGGCUAUAGUCUCCAUGGUUUUGGUCUGCGACUGGAACGUGCGUGCGUGGACGUUGCUGGAGGCGCUGAGGGGGCGACAGAACAUCCACAUCCUCUGCAAGAACGAUGUGGUCGUCUCGUUGAAAGAUGUGCUGAUGGACGUGUGCAAUCAGGGGAGCAUCGACAUUGCGGCCCUCUUCCUCUCUGCGCAGCACCUUCUUCCCUCACAGGCAUAUAUCCACGGGCUAGGCAACGAUCACCCUUAUCAAUCAUCCCAAUGGAUCGUCAAUAGGAGGAAGGGAUUUGUCGAAAUCAAGGAAGCAGCCGGCCUGCUGUCGCAUCGACAAGCCAGCAGGCCAGGCGACGCGGUCAUCAUAUGGAGCCUGCUCUGCGGCGACACGGUGUUUGACAAGGCCGAGGAUAUCUGGCGCAACCAGCAAGGGCGAGGCGUCCCGUCGGGCUGGCUGGUCUCCAGCUACGAGCGGCUGAGCGUCAAGGGGCUCAGCUGGGCGCCCUCGCGGCCCAACUUUAGCUUGCACGGCGAGGACUCACCCACUGACUACGACAAGCUGCUUCUUCCGUAUCACGGGAUAGAGACGCGGGUGAGCGCAAUCACGGAGAGGGGCUUGCACGGGGACUGGUGGGCGUACAGGUUCAAGGUGAAGCGGACGGCGUGGGAGCGCGUGCUGGAGAGGUUCACGGGGGGCUGUCUGCCGUUGGAGAGGGCGGCUGGCGGGUAUCUUGACGGGGAGACGUGGUGUGCGACUUUGAGACCGCUGCAUACGUAUCGGCGGGACGUGUGGGUGCCGCAUCCGAGGAGGCUCUCAAAGGCCGUCUUUGCCGUGGUUGCGUCCGAUGAUGGGGAGGCUUGGAGGUGGAAGGGGGUGCUUGAGCUGGAUGAGGGGGUUGUCCUGCCGCAGUUCCGAACGAUGGGGUUUUUGAUUGAGUGA